AUGAUACGCGCGCUGAACGACGAGACGUUCGACCAGUCGGUGUUGGAAGCCGCCAAGCUCAAGAAGAUCUUUCACGAGCGUCUCCCGUCGUGGAUAUCCUACCCGGACGUGGACAGGGCGCCGUGGCUGAACCGCGCGGCGCGGCAGAUGUGGCCGUUCCUGAACAAAGCCAUCUCGAACAGCGUGGUGUGGUCCGUGGAGCGGCCGCUGAAUCGGCUCGUGGAUCGCUCCGGGCCCAUCUCUUCGUGUAAAUUCUCAAAGUUCACGCUCGGCCUCGAGCCGCUCAUAUUCGUGUCGGUGAAAGCCGUGGACGAGGUCCCGAACGAAAUCGGGCUGGACAUCGAGUUCAAGUGGGCCGCGCUCGAGCCCGAGGUGCAGCUCGACGUCGGGUUGUUCGACGCGCUGAAGCUCCCGUUCGCGAUCGAGAAGAUCGAGGCGUUCGGGACGAUUCGCCUGGUCUUCGGACCGCUGUGCGAGUGGUGGCCGACGUUUUCGGACAUGCAGAUCGCGUUCAUCGGGAAGCCCACGAUCAACUUCAACCUGCGGUUAGUCGGCGGGGACAUCACGAAAGUUCCGAAGGUUGAGAAAUCGCUCUCGAAGCUCAUCAAGAACGCGAUAUACAACCUCAUGGUGUGGCCGAACAGAUUGGACAUUCCGAUCACGGAACAAGACGGCUCGAUUCGCAUUCACCACACCGGCAUCCUUCGCGUGACGGUGUACCGCUUUCACGGGAUCUACCACAGCGUGAAGAAAGUCCCGAAGCCCGCGCUGGAGAUUCAGCUCGUGGACGGGGAUUACGAGAAACCGAAAGUGAAGCGAUACACGAAGACGUCGAUCCACGACCCGAAGACCGACGCGGUCGGCGAGUACGUCGUAGAGGAGACGUUUGAGAUUCGCGUCCACGACAUACGCGCCGCGGAGCUGAAGUUCACAGGCACGAUCGGGUCGUGUCGGUACGAGCUCGGCCCGCUGAUCGAGACCCCGAACGCGGAGGUGCCAGAGGACAUGAAAUUUGACCGCCCGUCGAAGAGCGCGUCGCACCUCAAAGACGACAAACCCGGCAUCGUCUUCAGCUUACACUACCUCCCGUUCGAGAACGAGUGGGACAUCGAGAACAACAUCAACGUCGGCAUGCAGAUGCCGGAGUUGGACCUCGAGAAGCUGCUCGCGACGGGCGGUCUGGAUCAGUUCUGCGGCGUGUUGCACGUCACGUUGAACCGCGGUGACCGCCUCGUCGCGCGCGACGCCAACGGCCGGAGCGACCCGUUCGUUCGGUUCUCCAUGGGUAAGCAGCACCAAAAGUCGAGCGUGAAGUACGAGACGCUGAACCCGGUGUGGGACGAGGAGUUCGACUUCAUCAUCGGCAAGCCGGAGCUGGAGAACAACCUCAAGUUGCGGUGCGAGUGCUGGGACUUGGACUCGUACGGAAAGCGAGAUUACAUGGGGAUGUGCUCGUUCGACACGAAGCGCAUCAUCGCGCAG